UCUGCUAUUUCUCGAACUGGCCAAUCAGAGCCUAACUCGUCCGGACAUUUAAACCCAGCUGCCAGGCGCACGCAGCAUUCUGGACUCGGGACAGGAGGAGAGAGAUUGUACUGUUUGCUUUCGUGGACUUAAUACUAUAUAACAUGUCUAACAAUGAGAAUGCUGCUGCUGCCCGGCUCAACCGCUUCAAGAACAAGGGCAAGGAUACCACGGAGAUGAGAAGGAGAAGGGUGGAGGUGAAUGUGGAGCUCCGGAAGGCUAAGAAGGAUGAUCAGUUGUUAAAGAGAAGAAAUGUCAGUUCCUUUCCAGAUGAGCCAACCUCCCCUUUACAGGAGAAGAACCAGAAUGGACAGACCUCUACCCAGUGGAGUGUGGAUGAGAUUGUCCGUGGGGUGUCUAGUACUAUCCUGGAGGUACAGCUGCAAGCCACUCAAGCUGCACGGAAGCUUCUUUCGAGGGAGCGGGAGCCUCCCAUUGAUCGUAUCAUCCAAGUUGGCCUGAUUCCUAAACUGGUGUGUUUUCUGAGCCAUGCAGACUGCAGUCCCAUUCAGUUCGAGGCCUCAUGGGCUCUCACAAACAUUGCAUCUGGCAACUCUGAUCAGACCCGAGCAGUAGUGGAAGGUGGUGCAGUUCCUGCCUUCAUAUCUCUGCUGGCUUCUCCCCAUCCUCAUAUUAGUGAGCAGGCGGUUUGGGCCCUGGGAAACAUUGCAGGUGAUGGAUCUGCAUAUAGAGACCUGGUUAUUAAACAUGGUGCUAUAGAACCCCUGUUGGCUCUUUUGGCUGUUCCUGAGCUUUCUUCACUUCCUACUGGCUAUCUGCGUAAUGUCACAUGGACCUUGUCUAACCUCUGCCGUAACAAGAACCCAGCACCCCCAAAGGAAGCAGUGCAGCAGAUUCUGCCCGCACUGGUCAAGCUACUUCACCAUGAUGACCGGGAGGUUCUAGCUGACACCUGCUGGGCAGUUUCUUACCUGACUGACGGCCCAAAUGAACGUAUUGACAUGGUUGUGCAAACAGGGCUGAUUUCCCGGAUUGUACAGCUGCUUGGAUGUAAAGAGCUAACAAUAGUGACCCCUUGCCUUAGAACAGUAGGAAACAUUGUGACUGGCACAGAUGAGCAGACCCAGGUGGUCCUUGAUGCUGGAGCUCUGUCUGUGUUUGCUGAGCUUCUCACUUACCCCAAAAAUAAUAUUCAAAAAGAAGCUGCUUGGACUCUAUCUAACAUAACAGCUGGACGCCAGGAUCAGAUCCAGGAGGUGGUGAACCAUGGGCUACUGCCUUACCUCAUAGAUAUCCUGAGAAAGGGCGACUACAAGACCCAGAAGGAAGCUGUGUGGGCUGUCACAAACUACACUAGUGGUGGCACAAUUGACCAGAUAAUUUACCUUGUUCAGGCAGGCUUAAUUGAGCCUCUGUGUAAUCUGCUCUCUGCUAAGGACAGCAAGACUGUGCUAGUUAUCCUGGAUGCCUUCACAAAUAUCUUCACAGCUGCCGAGAAACUUGGCGAAACGGAGAAACUGUGCCUGAUGGUGGAAGAGUGCGGUGGUCUUGACCGCAUUGAGGCGCUGCAAUCUCAUGAAAAUGAGCAGAUCUACAAGGCGUCUGCUGUCCUCAUUGAGAAAUACUUUUCACUGGAGGAAGAGGAGGAGUCUCUUGCUCCAGAAGCCACAUCGGAGAACUACACCUUCCAAGUGCCUAGUGGCACUCACACUACAUUUGACUUCUAAGCACUUUAUUUUAUGUUCAUUCUUAUCUCAUGUUUGUUCUGAUUUUCUAUGUGACUUGGCACUUUGUCUGGUUCUGUACAUACUGUGAAUCUUAAGUCUUGUGUAAACUCUGUAAAUAGUUUUACUUCCCACUGGUCUGUGCUUAUGGUAUUUCUAUCUGGCCCCUUUUUAGUUUUACACUAAUUACUACUGUAAUGGUAUUACAUGCUUGUAAUGGCUGCUUGACUGCUAUCAUGCGCCCAUUCCCCCACCUUGUUCUGACUAUACAUGGAUUGCUUGGAAGUGGUUAUGUCCCCAAAAUUGACUUGAACUAAAAUUAGGCAUUUAUUAGGACCAAUUGGUUCCCUUGCCUGACUUCUCUUCACAUUCUCGAAUGUGAUAUUUUACCUUAAGAGUUGCUGUAGGUCAAUCUUUAAGGUCCUGGGUCACAUGGUUCCCCUGGUGUAACUUGGGAUCUGUAAAGUUUAAUGUGACUGACAGCCUGAAAUUUAUAAAACGUCUAAUAAAACGUCUAAUAAAACAUCUAAUAAAACAUUUUGUACCUGA